CAAGAAAGCUUUGGUGAUCCGGCGCUGCAGACACAAACGAAGCGACAUUUGCGAGAUAAUUGGUCAUGGCGUUAGUUGCAUACAGUGAUGAAAGUGACUUGUCAUCUGAUGAAGAAAAAGUUGAGUCAUAUAGGAAUAUCCCAAUCCCCUCUGGCUAUAAACCUGCCAAUGAUUUCCCUUCCCCUCAAAUUUUGAACAAUCGUAAAAUCACUGAUGCUUCUUCCAAUCAUGAGAUAUCUUCUGGAGUGGAUUCCAUUGAGAUGGAUGAAGAUGAUGACCAUAUGUUUGCUGUUCCUGCUUCCAAGUCCAAUUUAAAGUCCCCUGCUAGUUUGAGUCUCUUGUCCAGCUUGCCUGCAGCCAUUGCUGCUGGAGCAAGCAUGGCUAAGCUGGAUUUAAGUGAUGAUGAGUUGACUGAUGUCCCUACAAAAGAAACCUGGAAACCUGCUCAGGAAAUUCUCAUCAAAAAGGCCAUCUCAUCAAACAACCAUGCAACUUCUCAGCCUUCUUCUCCAACCUACCAUAUCAAUCACAAAACUUCCAAUAAUUUGACUGUAAAUUCGAGAACUAAGAGUGGUCUAACUGUAGGAUCUACUUCCACUAGUACACACAGUGAGUCAAACACAACUAGUGACAGCACUGCCACCAGUUCAAGUAGAGUUAUCAACAGUAGUACAAGUGGAAGAUUGGCCAGCACAAGUGGAAGCUUGGCCAGCACAAGUGGAAGCUUGGCCAGCACAAGUGGAAGCUUGGCCAGCACAAGUGGAAGCUUGGGCAGCGCAAGUGGAAGCUUGGCCAGCGCAAGCGGAAGCAGUGGCAAAGUGGUGCUGAGCAAAGCCCAAGAGAUGGCAUUGGCCUCAAGUGCCCUUGGAAGUUUACUGCAGAAGAAGAAAACUCUUGGUGGUAAAGUUCAGCUUCAUUUGCCCUCCAUGAACGAGUUCAAUUUGGCUGAAGAUGAAGGGGAUGAAGGAGUCCCAACAGCAGACGCGGAUGACGCUGUCAACGUCAAGAAGAAGCUAGGGCCGUCCAAUGCAGGUACUGGGCUUUUCUCCCUGCUUCCUAAACCAAGAAAUGUCACUAAAGGCAAAGAAGCUAACAGGUCUUUAGUCCCACACAUACUAUCUAAGCCCCCUGCAAAUAAGCCAACCCACAAUAAAAUCCACAAGUCUCCUGUCAAAAAGAAAUCUAGUGCUUUAACAACCGCUGGAAUAAAUAUUUCUGGCGGAGGAAACCUCCUUGCUGACUAUGAGAUGCCAGGUGAUGAAGAUGAGGAAAUCAGCGAGGGUUCGUCUGACUUUUUCUCACUGGAAUCUGACCAUUCUAUUCCAGUGCCUACUAACGCACACAUUGAGAACUCUGUUAUUGACGAAACAUUAGGACGUCCUGAUGGAUGUUCAGCUGGGUUGUUACCUACAUUUUCAUCUCCGGAUUCCAUUGUCAGUAAUUCUGUUUCAGUUUCGCAGUGUGCGCCAUCUUCCCCGUCUGCGUACGUCUCUGUGUCCAGUACUGGAGUUCCGAUGCAUACUUCUCUUUCUAAUCCUGUUAUGUCAACACAUGAUACAUCAGACAUACCUGCGACAGAUUCUUUUACUUCUGGUACGAUCGAUCCAAGCCAAAUCGACGAUGAAUCAUGGCGAAGACUCACAGGCAAGAAGCGUAAAUUGGAUGAGCUUGAAAUAAUAGAUGUCAAUCGCGACGACGCGUUGUUGUCUCGAGAUGAACUUAUGAACCAAGUUGUGUCUCAGCAAAAACCAAGUCAAAGCCACAGCAAAAAGAAGGGAAAUCUGCCGUCACAGCAGCAGAAACGCAAGCACCAGAUCACGUACUUGGCCCAUCAAGCUAAGGAGAGAGAAAUUGAACUUCAGAAUGAGUGGUCCAGUGGAAAGAUGAAGAAAAUGCAAACUAGAGCCAAGUAUGGCUUCUAAACUUAGCCUGCUGACGGCUGCCUGCGAGCUUUUAAAAGCCAUUUCAUGUUGAAAAAUUGUGUGUUAUCGGAUAUUUUUUCCAUUAAUAUUAUUACUUUUACUGUAAUAUUGCUUCAUCCGAGUUUACUGAGUACGUAUUUGGUAAUAAAAUGCACAACCGGAUUCUGAGUUAGUUGUGAACGUUCAUGUGUGAAGCUAAAACACUUUUUGUACAUUAUUUUUUUACGCCCCUUAAAGAAUAAACCGUAAAUUUCGAAGUCGCCAC